AUUCCCUUGUUAAAGCAGUUUUAGGGUGUUCUAUGUUAGCUAGCGCUAUCAGGAAAUAGUAUUUUGAAGUAUAGUGUAAGGGGUGUAAAUGUGGUGUAAAACUUGCUUUAUCAGUUAAGAUUUCGUUUUCUGUCUGACAGAGACAUGGCUAAGCAGUAUUCCCAGGUAGACAUACUACGAGUUGAGUUGUUGCAAAAUCUUGAAGAUGCUGGGGAAACCGUAACCAGCUACUUCAGUGAUGUCGCGAGGCUAGAAGUUGUGUCACGAAUAGAAGAGGUUACCAAAAGGAUAGUUAGCAGUUUAUCGAAGGAAGAAGCACCGGUCUUGGUCUUAAAAAGCCGUUCCCGGUGGUCCAACGUGAGAUUUAACAAAUCUGUUGGUCUGCUAAUGACUACGGGUGGCACUGUAUCAACUCUGCGAAGUGACUGCCCUUCAACUGCAAUCAAGUUUGCACUGAUUUUGAAGGCCCUGUCAACAAUUUACAAACUUGUCCAGAGUGAUUCAUAUGUAACCAAAAGGGAUAUCUAUUAUAAUGACCCCCAGCUAUUUGGAUCACAGAAGACUUUGGAUGCCAUUGUUGAUGAUGUAUCAUGCCUGCUCAAAGUUCCUCGGAGGAGCCUACAUGUGUGUGCCACUACUAAAGGAUUAAUCUCUGGUGAUCUGUGUUACUUGGAGGAGGAUGGGACAAGGGUGGACUGUAGUUCCACUCCUUGGAGUGCCACAGGAUGCUCUAAUUCCAUUAACAGAGGCAGAUGAAAGGAAGCUCAACCAUAUAAAGAAAAGACCUUACAUCUCUUGCCAUCCUGCAUGGGAGAGGGAGGUAAAGCCAAUGAGACAUUCAAGUAUAUAUUUUUGGGUAUUAUUCAAGUAAAUCCAUCGCUUAGCUACCUAUUUACAAAUAGUGAAUCAGCUCUUGCAGUUGACUGAAGGCAAUAAAACUGUUUUUAAUUAUUUUGUUUAUAUAUAUUUAUAAACAAUAUUCCUGUUAUGAUGUCAAAAUAAGUCAAAAAUCCCAUGUUUUAUGCCGUACCUAGUCUUUCUGAAUACCUCCUUCUCAAACAUGUGUUAAUGCUAUACAGCGCCCUCUAUUAUUGGCAGCCUUCAUGAAAAUGAGCAGAAGUGACUAUAUAAAAAGAAUAACGUGCAAUAAGUGACACACUCAUUAAAUCCUUUGAGCAUUAGGAAUAAAGAUGUGGCAAGACCAAGAUUGCAUGUGCUUUGUUCUCUCUUAUUUCCAAAGUAGCUAAAGCUUCAGAUGCCAACUAGGCCAAAUUAAUAAGCAAAAUUCCCUCUGACUAUACACAAAGUGAACUACUUAACCUAACCAAAAAAAUAAACAAAAAUACACUUCCUUCCCUCACUCCCUAGCUCACCCAAAACCAAGAGAAAUCAAAUUAAACAUAAAUGGUGCCGACUUCCUACUAACCACUGUUUACAAUGUACUAGUGGUGGUUAUUGUUACGUUAUUUACAAGAUGAAACAAUCAAACCCAAAGACCCAAAGCACAAAUGAGGUCAGUAACAGGUGGAAGGACAUACACAGGAGCAAUCAGCACACAUAGCUAAAUUUACACAGAACAAGGCAAAGGCAGUGAUCUGCGCGGGGAUGUAGACUUACACACCCGAAGCAGUAUAUCCAACCAACGACAAAGCACGUGGCAGGAGAAAAGCAAUGGAUGUUGUGAUCUUCCAGUCGCAAGCCAGAAGCAGAAACGUGACUCCUUGCAGUGGGCUGGGCCUGAAAGUGGAGGAGAAAAAAGACACACGAAUGGCACACAGAAAAGACAGAAACACAGUCGAGGACAUAACAAAUAACCUUAACAGACCUGAUUUUCUGGAUGCCCCUCACCUGCAUGUAGUUCACUCCUCUAAGGUUGGCAGAAUUUUCUUGAGUAGAAGUCUCUGAUAGGGUCUAUCAGUAGCUUUUACACCACCUCCUUUAAACAAAAGCACUUGCCUUUCAAAAAAAAUGGCGGAUAGAAAAUGUGGACUGAAGAAGCAGAUGGAGUUGUUUAUUUUUACGUCAAAUUUUUUUCUAAUCUAACUGUGUUAGGGUUAUUUGGUUGGUCAAUAUAUUCCUACAAUGAAUAGUCUUAGUUGUAAUUAUCACUUUAAUAAUUGCAAAUUUAACAGUAUGGCUUCCACUCUCAUUAUUUGGUAGCAUAUAAUAUAGCACCUAUUAAUUUGUGGAUUUUAUUUUGUGACUUGACAGGUUAUUUUUGAGUUUAAUAUUGUGUGCUAGCAGUUAAUUAUGUGCACAUCUUAAUGUAGACAAGAUAAGUAAUUGUAAGAUUAGUAAGAUAAGUAAGUAAGAUAAGGAAGAUAAUCUGUACUCUAGUCACUCUGGAUAUUGAUACUGGCUAAAUGAUGUAAAUGUAAAAUGUAAAUCAAGGUCUUGAAACUAUAUGCCUGCAUGGAGAUGUAGGCUAUUUUAGCACACUUACUUUGCUAUUUUGAGUUGCCAAAUUAAUAAAAUAUUUCCAGUGUGUUGGUUAAUUCUGUGUGCUUUCCUGGGAAAUAAUGUUUAAUAAAUAAGCUGACUAAGCAUUCAUCUGUUACGGUUACAGUUCAAUAGUAUCAUAUGUAUGUAUUUAAUAUUGGCUCUGAAUGGCAUUCCAUAUUCCACCAUACAUCAAACUGUUGAUUUAAUAUGGCUCCUUGCUCAAGCUCUUAAUCACACAAGAAAAAUCUACCUAUGUCCCGGUCUGCACACACACACACACACACACCUCUGUUUUCAGCAAACUUCUGGGCAAGUGUCUGUUUAGCACAUGUUUUGAGACGUGUACUGUAGUUACGUCUGAGGUCUGAAUACCUGUGUGCACAAUUUUGAUAUUAACUGUGUGUGUGUGAUAUGUCAUUCAACUCUGAAAAUGGCCCAUUUUUUUCUGAUGCCUGUCCUGGAGGGAAUAAUAGCACUGAGUGGGACUCAGGUGGGGACCGAGAACAAAAAAUAAAAUAUUAUUUGCAUUUAUUUUAAAAUAUUUCUAGGGGUGUCAGUAAUUUUUGCACAUUUUGGUUAUUUAAAAAUAUGUUCUAAUUUAAAUUAAAUCCAAAUACAAUUUAAAUUAUAAUUAUAUAAUUAUAAAUGUGUAUUUUAAAUUAUUGUAUGUAGUGGUUAUUUUAUACAAACACUUUUGAUCAUUUUUAUGAAAGGUGCCAAUCAUUCUGGAAGGCAGGCAAGGCAAUAUAGAACAACUUUGAUGUGUAUAACAGAAUUAAGUUAGUGUCUAGUAUAUGAUGCUAUACAUCAACAUAUGUACCACAUUACUAGGUGAAGAUAUGAAUAGCAGCAUAAGAAUUAGUACUGUAAACUUAAGCAUUUAGUGAUGUCAUUUUUCAUUUGUGUAUUGUCUGUGUCUCUAAGAUGGAACUCAUGUUGAGAUGGAAGCAGAAAGCUGAGAUCCAGUCCCUUGUCUCUAUUGCUCCUCAUUUCCUCACUCGGGUAUACCUACACAAUAAGUUGUCUUAUGGAGGCUGGAUAUGAGUCUACUCUGUUUUCUGCUGCAUAUUUACCUGCACUGUAAUAAUUAUCUUUCCCGAUUCAUUAUAGUUGUUACAUCCUUUCUGAUUACUGAAAUUAUGUAACAAAUAAAUGUUUGAAUGUUUACCAGAUUCCCAUAGCUCCAUAGGAGGAUAACUUUUUGUGGGUCAAGAAAAAUGGUAAUAGCUCCAUAUGUGUGUAUCUUCAGAAACAUUGUUUGAUUUGUUCCAUGAUGUUGAAUUACUUUCUCUAAUAAAAAUGCAUGGCCUAUAUUGGAAAUACAACCUCUGUGAGGACAAAAAAAGGUGUCUAUCAAACCUCACCAAAUUCCUGACCAAUCAAAGAACACCUGGGUCAGUAUUUAUAAAGCUCCUUAGAAUUACUCUUAAAAAGGGUAGAUGCAAUGCAUAAUGACCCCACAGCUGAAUUUUAGCUUAUGUUUACAAAAUAAUAAUAAUAAUAAUAAUUAAAGCUGUAAGCGGCAUUUUCGGGGGCCAAGUACCCAUACUCAGUGAGCCACACAUUCACGAUCAUGCUACAGUUGUUGCCCAAGCAAUCAAUGUAAAGCAGAGUGAUUUGUGAUUUCAAGAGUGAUUUGUAGUUUCACUCAUGAUGUGUAUGUUUUGAACUCGGACAGUGGUGGAAUUCUCUGACUGUAGAAGGAAAGGUCUAGAUAAACAAAUGAGCAGCAGGGUGGCAUUGCUGCAGCAUUGUUUAGACAGUUGUCAAGAUGAUGUGAGCCCAAUUUGGUGAAGAUUGGACAAAAUCUGGAGGAGUAGCAAACAUGGCAGUUAGAUAUAAGCAUUUUUUUAGCAUGUUAUUGUUACUUUUGACUAGUAGGUGGCGCUGGCAUGAAAUUUGUUGUAGAGCCUCAGGGCAUGGUCCUUGGUCCUGCCUACCAUGUUUUGUUUCAGUGCGCAAAGUCGUUGCUGAGAUACAGCUUCAAUUCCUGUUUGGCAGCUUUGCCGUCAGAUUCGUUGGCCCAGUAUGAACAAACCCAUCCUCAUCUGGGUGACAAUGGAUAGUGCAACUAUAAAUAAAUUCCUUCUAUAACUGUGUACUACAUGGACAAAUAGUGCAAUUGUGUAACCAGGAAAUUCAUUACAGUUUUCACAUGUAGUCUGGUUUGUUGAACAUAUCCACUGUCCACUUAUGGAGACUUGAGUGCAAAAUUGCUUGUGGCAACCGUAGCCCCAAAGCCACCACAGUACAACUCCCCAUAUGAGAUCCCCAAGCCAUCUUCACUGCCCCCAAGUGGCACCAUCACCAGCAAUCCCAAUGAUAUUCAGUCCGUCCAUGUGGGGCCACCCCCAGCAGCAAUGAGCGAUCUCCAAAUGAUGAGAACUCCAACCAGCAGUAGGGCAUUAGGAUGGAUCAGGCAGGUCUGGAGAGCAGAAGGGGUCAGGAUCACUGUUAUCUCAGGAGUAGCAUGUGUAGCUUGACAGAGAGGAGGGGAGAGAGAGAGAGAGGGAGAAAGGAAGAGAUUGUUAGGUAAGCUUUUGUCCUGUAAUGCUUAAGGACGAUGACUUUGCAUGCAGAGUGCAAGCAGGGAUUCCAGCAAGACUAGCUGUGACAGCAUAACUAAAAGGUAGAGCCAGAAGGGAGGGUGGAGGGAGGGUCUGAACAUCCCAGUUCACCACAACACUCUAUGCCUGUGAGCCCUCCAGAUCUGCUUCUUUACGUAAGAAAAAUCUAUUCACAAAAGGCUUGACUAUUUGUUUUCAGCCUAGACUUAAACACUGAGACUAUGUCGAAGCCCCAAACACUACAUGGAAGGCUGUGGGGCUUUGUAAGAGAAAGUUCGACCCCCUGCUGUAGCCUGCACUAUUCAAGGUCCCAAAAAAUAGCCUGUACCAUUUGAGGCAGGAGGCAGGAGUGGCAGAUCAUAAAAAGACCAAAAGUUCGCUCAGGUACUGAGUGGCGAGACCAUUCAAUGCUUUAUAGGUCAAUAGUAGUAUUUUAUAAUCAAUAUGAAACUUGAUUGGAAGCCAAUGCAGUGUGGAGAAGAUAGGGGUGAUGUGGUUAUACCUUCUGGUUCUAGUAAAGACUCUUGCUGCUGCAUUCUGGACUAACUGAAGCUUGUUUAUGCACCUACUGGAACAUCCAGACAGUAAUCCAAUAAUCCAGCCUAAAGGAAACAAAAGCAUGAAGUAGUUUUUCUGCUUUGUGUAGUGAUAUUAUAUUUCUUAUCUUAGCAAUACAUCUGAGAUGAAAGAAAGCUAUUCUAGUAAUAUUAUCUACAUGAGCUUCAAAUGAAAGACUGGAGUCAAUAAUCACACCAAAGUCUUUUACUGCUGCAUAUGAUGAAACAGAAAUGCCGUCUAGAGUUACUAUAUAAUCAGAAAACUUACUUCUAGUUGCAUGUGGUAAACUUACUUCUAGUUGCAUGUGGUCCUAGUACAAGUACUUCUGUCUUGUUAGAAUUAAGUAAAAGAAAGUUAAUAAGCAACCAGUGUCUAACGCCCUUUACACAUUCCUCAACUUUAUUAAGCUGGUGUCUGUCAUCUGGCUUUGCUGAAACAUACAACUGUGUGUUAUCUGCAUAACAGUGGAAGCUAAUACCAUGUUUACAAAUAAUUUUGCCCAGAGGUAGAAUAUAUAUUGAAAAGAGCAGUGGGCCUAAAACAGAAUUUUGGAGAACACCAAACUUUAACUUACUAUGUGUAGAGAGGACACCAUUUACAUCUACAAACUGAUAAUGAUCAGUCAAAUAAGGCCUGAGCCAGGAGAGGGCCAUUCCCUUAACUCCAACAACAUUUUGUAGUCUAUCAAGGAGAAUAGUAUGAUCAAUGGUAUCAAAAGCUGCACUAAGGUCAAGAAACACAAGCAACGAGACACAACCCUGAUCAGAGGCCAGUAGUAGGUCAUUUACCACUUUAACCAGCACUAUCUCUGUGCUAUGAUGAGGCCUAAAUCCCGACAGAUACAUUUCAUCAGUGUUAUUCCUGUGUACGUAUGAGCAUAACUGCUGUGCUACAACCUUUUCUAGGAUCUUGGAGAUAAAGGGGAGAUUUGAUAUUGGCCUAUAGUUGGACAAUUGACAAGGGUUGAGGUCAGGUUUUUUAAUCGGGUUUGAUAACUGCUAGUUUAAAAGAUUUUGGUACAUAGGCAGUUCUGUGGGAAGAAUUGAUUAUUUUUAGAUGAGGAUUCAGAGGAAGGAAUUCUGAAUAUGGACCUGGGGGUCUGUAAAUAAUAAUUACCAGAAUUGUCUGGGUAGUCUUAUUUUUUGUGGCUAUGUAUGUUAGCAUAAACCACUUCAAACAUUUUGCAUUUAUGACUAGGUUUUUGUGUGAUGCCUAGAUUAUCAUUAUUAAAUAUCUGCAACACCUCCUCCAGUGCCAGUUAGGGGCUGAUGUAUGUAACUGUAUCCGGGAGGACUAGCUUCAUUUAAUGCUACAUACUCAUUUGGUUUAAUCUACAUUUCUGUUAAACACAGUAUAUUAAACUCCUGAUCAGUAAUAGUUUAAUUAACAAUAAGCACUUUAGACAUAAGAGAUCCAAUAUUUAACAAUCCUAGCUUCAGAUCAAAGGUGCUUGCUGUGCAUUCGGUAUAAUUUAAUUUUAUGUUAAUUAGGUUAGUAAAACAAACUUUGAGUAUUUCUACAUUUUUGUUUAGCUCAGAGAACAGACACAGUCUCAAUAUGUUGAAACCUGAUUGAUGACUCAGUGCAGAUAACAGCUGGUCGGUUUAGCCUUCCUGUCUGCUCCCUGGCCUUGUCUCCUAACGCUAACGCUUGUGAAGUGAUUUGUGACAUGCGGGAAACUUCUAUCUACUUUGAAUGUGCAUCAACCAGGAUCAUGAACAUGUUAUUCAGCAAAGUCUAUGUGCAACCUUUUCCAACACUUACCCAGCAACUCCUAUGGAUGCAAUGGGACCUGAUUUGGCAUCUGCUGUUCCAGCUAGCAGGUUUCACACUCCUCGCUGAUUCUCUCAACAUCCAUGUGGACUUGUGAUCCAUGUGAUCACUCUGGUGCCCCAUAACACACAACCCUGUUCCACAGACAACUCAUCUGUCUUUGCAUAGUAAACUCUCAAUUCCUCUACAACCUCACUAGGCCAACCCUCCAUAAUGUAUCUGAAAACUUUAGAGAGCUCUUGAUCAGUUAUAAUCACUCUGGCUGCGUGCGUUCCAUUGAGGGGAGCCCCUUGUAGGUGAUCAUUCAGGAGAGCAUGAAUGUGUGCUGACAUUGCUUCUGUUCCGACAUCACUGGUCUCGGGCAAUGGGACGUGUGACAAUCCAUCCACAUUACUGUGGUCCUCAGACUUGUGGUAACUUAUGUGAUAGUUGUGUGCUGACAGUGUAAUGGACCACCACUGGAUGCAUGGAGCAGCCAUAGUUGGAAGGCACGUGUGCUCCCCAAACAGUGUUGUUAGGGGUCUAUGAUCUGUUAUUAACUGUCUGCCCCAGAGAUACUGAUGGAACUUCUUGACCCAAAUAUCAGGCUCAAAGCUUCCUUUUCAAUCGGCGAGUACUUUUUCUCUGUGGGAAACAGAGUACGGGAAGCAUAAGCGAUUGCGUGUUCCUCCCCAUUUGACAUGGUGUGCUGAAUGACAGCUCCAAUUCCAUAGACAGAUGCGUCACAAGCUAGCAUUAAAGGCAAAAAUAAAGGGUCAUAAUGAACUAAUACCUUGUCACUGGUCAGUAGUUCUUUGAAUCUGUUGAAUGCAUCUUGCUCUGCUUUGUUCCACAGCCAAACAGCUUGAUCCUUCAGCAAUCUGUAGAGUGGCUCUAACACAGUACUCUGAUGUGACACAAAACGUCCAUACUAAUUGACUAAACCUAGGAAAGCCCAAAGCUCUUUAUCCUUUGCAGGGUAAAUACCCUUCCCAUCAAGCAUAUUGCCCAAAUACUCAAUCUAUGUUUGUCCCCACUCACACUUUGACUUUUUCCACUUUCAGCCUGUUGUCUUGCAGAUGCUGUAAGAAAUUGGAAAUGUUAGUUAGAUGCUCCUGUUCAUCUUUGUCUGUGAUGAGCAGAUCAUCUAAAUAUACAAUCACAUUGAGGUCUUUCCUCAGAUUUUUCAUAAUCCACUGAUUCCAAAAGCUAAGCAGUUACAUACAUACAGGCCUUUGUGCGAGUUAAUAAUUGUACAUUUCUUUGAAUCUUCAUCCAGUAGGACCUACUGAUAGGCAGCAGCUAGAUCAAAACAGCUUCCAGCCACUGAAUGCGGUCAGCACCUCCUCAAUCCAUGGCAAGGGGUAGAUCUCAGUGAUAGCAGCCUGAAUGACAGUUACCUUAUAUUCCCCACAUAAACGGAUAGUUGCGUCUCUUCUAAUAAUAGGGACAAUAGGCGCAGCCCACUUACUGUGUUUUUAGUUGCUGUAGCUCUUUUUCAGCUUGCUCUUUCAUUGCAAAAGUCUGGGGGUGGCUCUUGUGAAACUUGGACACCACAUCUGGCCUAACUGAAAUUGUGGCUAUAAUCUCCUGAGUACCCAACCCAUAUUUGAACACAUCACUGUACUUUGCAGGUACUUCUUGAAUAGACCUGGUCUUGUCAUUCUGCUGACAUACAUGUCAUAUCAGCUUCCAGUUCAGCUUUAUUUUCUGUAGCCAGUUCCUACCAAAAAGGGCUGGUCCAGCUCCUUUCACAACAAUGAGUGGCAAUUCUUUGGUUUGACUUUUUGUACAAGUCUUUACAUCUGUGCUUUGUUCCAGCACCAAACAGCCUGAUCUUUCAUGAGAAAUGAUGCUUACAGCAGCGCCUGUGCCUGUUUGUAUUGUCAUGUUUUGAUUAUUCACUCUAAAAUCUACUCUGAAUGCCUGUCUGUCUGCAUCAGUUACACUAAACACAGAGAACAUCUCUAACACUGGUUCUUCCACUUGCACAUAACUUGUUACUUUGUGUUUGGUCCACUGCCUGGUAGCAUUGAUGUUCAAGUGUGAUUGUCCUUUAGCCCUGCAUACUUUCCUGAUGUGGCCAACUUUGCCACAGUUAUGACAUUUAGUGUCUUUAACAUGGCAUUUAUGGGUGGAAUGAUUUUCAUCAGCUGCUGUGUGUCCCAGUCAACCAUUUCCAUACUGAGAACAAUCUCAAAUGCCCAUGCGAACAUGAGCCCAUCUUGUGAAAGCAAUCUUCGCUGGCAGGCUUCACUUUUUGUUCCGCUAACAAAGCAGUCACACAGAGCUUCAGCUAAACUUGUACCAAACUCACACUUCAUGGCACAUUGUUUCAGUUCAGUGAGGUGACUUGUGGCCAAGUAUGGUGACCCAUACUCGGAAUUUGUGCUCUGCAUUUAACCCAUCCAAGUGCACACACACAGUAGUGAACACACACCCGGAGCAGUGGUGGGCAGCCUUUUUUUGCUGCAGCGCCUGGGGAGCAGUUGGGGGUUCGGUGCCUUGCUCAAGGGUCUCACCUCACUCGUGGUAUUGAGGGUGGAAGAGAGCACUGGUCAUUCACUCCCCCCACCUACAUUCCCUGCCAGACCUGAGACUCGAACCCACGACCUUCAGGUUCACGUUUGGGUUGUAAGUCCAACUCGCUAUUCAUUAGGCCACAACUGCCCCCUCGAUGCAACAUAUUGGGAGACAGUCUCACUAGGGCCUUUGUGUACAGCAUUGAAACCGAAAGCAUUCAGUAAUUACGAGCAGCUUUGGCUCGAAUUGCGCCUUCAGAAUGUCCGCAAUCUCUUUAAACAUUUUGUCCUUAGGCUUCUCCAGCUGAACUAAGUUUUGCAAAGGUCCAUAUGCUGAUGCACCCAUUGCACUAAGCAAAACCACUACUUGCUUUGCAUCAUCAACUGGCUAAGAAGUACAGUUCCACUCAUUCUGUAUAUGCUGACCAGGAUUCAAUUCCAGGUUUAAACUUGUCAAGUCUUCCAAUUUGUGCCAUCCUUAGUGCGUUGAUGUGUACAAUGUCACCUUUCUCCCUUUUAUAAACUUUUUGCCUCAUUGCCAAUUCUUUGUUAUAUAUUUACGAGGUGGAAACACGCUCAUGCCCUUUAGCUCACUCUUUAUGUAAGCUUAGAUGGAACAGCGACACAUGGAAAAACUGCACAUGCGCAAAUCUCAUAAUGCUCAUUAUACUAAGGCCACCCAGAUGUGGUAAGUAAUGCACUUCAUAAACCAGUACACCACAAUAACAUAUUCAGCAUAUUUAACUGUCAGGGAUUUCCAUAAACUGCCCGUAGAGCGACAUUGCGCAUAUACACGUGUGUUUACAUAGCCAUGUGUGUUUUGUUUUGGUUUCCAUCUUGUCUCCUCCCUUGUCUUGUUAUUGGGUGUGUUCCUAAUGUGUCAUCAUUAUCACCUGUUCCUGAUUUGUCUAUUUACACCCUCGUGUUUCAUUGUAAUGGGGCGAAGUAUUGUAUCAGUGUUUUGCCGUGUGUACGCUACUGAGUCUUUUGUUUAGUGUUCAUGCUUCUUGGUUUUGAUCCUGUUCUUCUUCUUCUAGUGUUUUGUGGUGUUGUGUGUUUCGUGUCUUGUCUAUGCCUAGUUAUGCCUGUUUCCUGAUCACCUGACCCUGUGCCUGUUUUUGAGUACCUGUUUGCUUUACUUUUUUUGGACUUGUCUGCCUGCCUUUCAAUAAAGCCUUUUACUGCACUUGCAUCCAUCUCCCCACAGAAUCAUUUAUUGGAUUUUCUGUUUAUCCUAAAUGUUUUCUUUUGCAUUGAUAAUUUUAUUUUGUAAGCAUGGUGGACCUCAAGCCCAACGAGAAGCAGCAGCUGGGGUUCAUGUUGUGCUGGCUCACUGGCCCAGCCCACCACUCCUCUCCUGCAGAGCUCACUCCAGAGGCUGACAGGACGGGCUCCUUUCCUGCAGAGCUCCUUCCAGAGGCCGACAGGGUGGCCUUCUUCCCUGCAGAGCUCCAGCCAGAGGCCAACAGGGCGGCCUGCUUCCCUGCAGAGCUCCAGACAAAGGCCGACAGGUAGGCCUCUCCUGCAGAGCUCCCUCCAGAGGUCAACAUGGCGACCUCACCUCCAGAGCACCAGCCUGAGACCAAAGAGGUGAUCCCACGCCUCCCAUGCCAUGUCUGCCCGUGGCUGAUGAUAAGGCCUCCCAGGUUCUGCUCCAGUUUGAAGCUGAUGGCACGGCCUCCCACGCCAUGCCCCUGCCAGAGGCCGAUGGCUUGGCCUCCAAAGCCUGGUUCCUGCCCAGUAACACUGGCAAGCCUGUCCUAACCCUGCUACCUGACCCCAGCAAGCCUGUCCUAGCCCUGCCUCUUGACCCUGCUACUCUUGUUCCUGAUUUCCCUUGAUUAGUUUGUCUAUUUUUUACCCUUGUGUUUCAUUGUAACGGUGCAGAGUAUUGUAUCAGUGUUUUGCCACUUGUACACUACCGAGCCUUUUGCUUAGUGUUCAUGCUUCUUGGU